AUGGUGGUGCCAAUAACAAUCAACAAUAACUCUGCCGUUGUUUGCCCAUUAAAAUUGGAAUUGGAACAAGUAAGCCUUGACUAUUAUCAAAAUGACAAUUAUUUGAUCAAAUUUUCAUCAAAGCAUGGAACUAGAUAUAAUUGGACGCAAACACAGCAAGGUUUCCUGCUAUCAUCAUUCUUUAUUGGUUAUUUUGUUACGCAUAUCCCUGGUGGGAUUUUAGCUGACAAAUUCGGUGGCAAAUGGACGCUGUCAUUGGGAGUCUUGGCCACAGCUAUUUUCACUCUUCUCACACCAGUCACCGCUCACUAUGGUGGCUAUGCGCCAUUACUCACAUUGCGAAUAUUCAUUGGAUUUGGCUUGGGCACAUCAUUUCCCGCAAUCAAUGUUUUACUAGCAUGUUGGAUUCCACAAAAAGAACGAAGUGAAAUUGGUUCAUUUGUAUUUGGAGGCUCCAUGAUUGGAAUCGCUUUAUCUUAUCUUUUAACUGGAUUGAUUUUGGAUUAUUUGAUAUGGGAUUGGGUGUUUUAUAUCUGGGGCAUCGUUGCACUCGUUUGGUUUGGUUUCUUUACAUUUUUUUGCUAUAAUGAUCCAGCGUCGGAUCCAUUUCUUUCAAAAAAAGAGCAUGACUAUCUGGAAUCACAGAUCGGUCGACUGAAACGCAGUUCAGACUUACCUCCAACGCCAUGGAAAGAUAUAUUUAAAAGUAUUCCAAUGCUUGCCCUAAUUUGUAUUCAGAUCGGCCAUGACUGGAGUGCCGCGACUAUAAUAACCAACUUACCCAAAUACAUGAGCAAUGUUUUGGGAUUUCCUGUUUUCGAGGUUGGCCUUUUUUCGGCGCUGCCAUACAUUGUCAUGUGGAUUGUAUCAGUGGCGAGCGGUUUUCUCAGCGACUAUCUCAUUCAACAUGAUAUUAUAUCGAUCACUUUUACACGCAAAUUAUUCAGUUGUGGUACAAUUUUCACUGCAAUCUUCAUAUUAAUUGCAUCUUAUUCUGGAUGUAAUCGCAAUAUGGCCGUUGCAUUCUUUGUCGUCGCAAUGGGUUUUAUGGGCAUUCAUUUUCCCCAUAUUAAAAUCAAUCCACUCGAUUUGAGUCAAAACUAUGCCGUCAAUUUAGAUUAA